UCUCGACAAUCAUGGCUAGAUCUAAAUUCCCCCAUGUGCGGAACCUUGAGCUUCCUGAUCCUCUACUACCUAGGAACUACAGGGUGCUCAGACUCGACGGGCACUCUUUUCAUCGGUAUGGCAGUGCUCAGGACACCACUUCUGCUCUCACUCGAGCUGCGCCAGUUUCUCAGACGAACACGGUUUCACGAAACCGAACGAUGCAUGACCUCUGAAACUCAUGGAUCAUGCUGCUCGCGAUCUCAUGGAUCAGCA